UGGCUGAUAACAGAGCCGGGGGCUGUGGGAUACACUGGAAACCCAAACACCCAGGCCAGUUCCACACCUGCACCCGUCUGGCUCAGCCUGGGCACUGCCAUGACUCAGGGACUUUCUGAAGCCGAGGACAUACCGCCGCCGUGUUUGUUCAACAAUCCUCCACGGAUUUUUUACGAAUGAAUCCACCCCAUUAGGCUUUCAGCCACCUGAAUUAUCGGCACCCACAUCCUGUGGCCAGCAGUGCCAGGUCUGGAGCAAACACGUCCUUUGGCACAGCCGGGGCUGUUUGCUGCGCCCAACAUCCUGAAUAUGUCCUCGGGACCUCUUCUUGGCUGCUUGAUUCCUCUUUGUCCCACCGAGGGGCCACUUUUCCCCCCUUCCCACUGCAUUACCCCGCUCCGAACUCCAUGCCCUGCAUAGUAAAGAUGCCUGCGGGUGUUUCUCCUGAUGUUUCCUACCACUCCAGGAAUGUUCGGGAGACUGUGGGAAGCGCUGGGGUCCCUGUUCCCGGAAGGCUGGACUGCGGGGAGGGAGGAACCGGGAGAGGCUAGCCGGGGAUGCAGUCAGGAAUUUGAGACAGGAACCUAGACAGGGAAGGAAAGCCGGCGGUGAAACCCAUCCCGCCUCACGGCAGACGCACCCUCUCCCUUCCCAUCGCAAAGAACCGGUCCGUCGAGGAGCGGACGGGUCGUCCCGGUGCUGGGACUGGGCGGACAGCGCUCCGGUCCGCCCCCCGGGCGGUGCCCGGUGCCGGCCCGCCCCGUCGGCGAGCGGCGGGCGCGGGGAGCCGGGCGGCGGCAGAGCUGCGGGACGCGCCAUGCUGCCCGCUGCCCUCCGCCGAUGGCUCCGCCGACCCAAGCGCUCCGACCCACGCCUGCUCUCGCAGUUCUUCUUUGCCGACGAGAGGGUGACGCGGGUGGUGGCCGAGAUCAACGGGCUGGAUGCCGAGCUGGACCCGCAGCAGUACCUGGUGCUCCUCAACCAGCUCCACCUGAGCCAGGCUCACCUGCUGGCCGUCCUGGAGCGGAUCAUGGAGGAGUGCAUCCCCACACAGCGGCACAGCCGGGACUACCUGGUCAAGUUCCCCGAGGAGCUCAUGGUGGACAAUUUGGGGAACCACAUGCUGUUUGCUGCCGAGUGUCUCCUGGCCGGGACCUUCCUGGAGAUGGAGGAGUCAGAUGGGGCACAGCUGCGGCCCCAGGCCAGGAAUCUACUGUGCAGCCUGGAGCUGGUCCGGACUGUGCUGCGGGAGCAAAGCCUGAGCCAACCCAACUCCUACCCAGAGCCUGUCCGGACUGUGCUCAUCCAAUUUGACCAGCUCUUUGCAGAGUUUGAGCUGAGCUAUGUGUCCUCGCUGGUGGCAGUGAAGUCUCCUGAUGAGAUCUACAGGCAGCAGGAGAUCAUCGUGCUCUUCUGUGAGACAGUGGAGAGAGCCUUGCACCUGGGCUACCUGACCCAGGAGAUGAUUGAUGGCUAUGAACCACUGCUGAUGUUCACCAUCCCUCGCCUGGCCAUUAUCAGCGGUCUCCUCAUCUAUCCUGAGGGUCCCCUCAGCCUGGAGCGGAGCCCUGAGCAGAUGUCCCGGGUCUUCAGCCCCUUCUACAACCUCCUGAAGAAGAUCAGGGACCUGUUGCGGGUGCUGUCAGCAGAGGAGCUCUGCCUGCUGGAGAGGAGCCUGUGCACAGCUGAACAGGAGGAUCCCUGCAGUCCAGACACGUCCCCAGCUGGGGGGGCAGCUGUGCCCAGUGUGGACCCCCCUGCUCCCUUCAGUGUUCUGGAUGUCCCUAAUGCCACCCAACCACCCCCCACCUGCACAACACAACUGGAACCCCCCAGCGCAGUGGAUGACCUGGGCACCAAACGGCAGCAGGGGUGUGCAGUGGGCAGGGAACAGGGCCAGGAUGGCAAAUCCCUGUCCACUGGGACAGGGAUAUCUCAUACCAUCCCUGGUGUAAUGGUCACCUCCCCCCUGCGCAGCCCCCAGCCCCUUGGGAGCAGCCCAGGGAUGGGGGUUGAUGCCACCCCAGGUGCCCGCUGCUCGGAGCUGCGCUCCCGCUACAGCAGCACCAAAGACAUGCUGCACACCCUCUUCGUCUGCAUCUCAGGGGUGGCUGAUCAGCUCCAGACCAACUUUGCCAGUGACAUGCGAAGCAUCUUGAAAACAGUCUUCAAGAUCGUGUGCUCGCAGGCGGAGCCCUCGGAGGAGCAGAGUGACAGCAAGGAGAAAGAUAGUGACUCCUGUGUGACAGAUGCUCCUCACGUGGCUGACUGCCCACUGUGCUCCAGCCCUGCAGAGGCUGCCAGGCUCCGGAGGGCAGCAGGUGCUCGCCACCUGCCCGAGUGGGUGCCGGACAGCACGUGCAGCCAGUGCUCUGCCUGCCGCUCGCCCUUCACCCUGCUACGCCGCCGGCACCACUGCCGCAGCUGUGGGAAGAUCUUCUGUGCCCGCUGCUCACGGAACACCGCAGUGCUGCCCCACCAUGGCCAGACAAAACCCGUACGUGUCUGCACCCACUGCUACAGCAGACACCUCCCGCCCACAUCCCGCUGUGCCCGGAGCCACUGAGAGCCCCUCUGCCACAUCUGCAUCACAGGAGGCCACACAGCUGGGCCGCUCCGGGGCUGCCGAGCAGCACCUCGGCCCCGUGACUCUCCUCAGAGCUUGGUGGGCAUGGCGGCAGGACCCCCCCACAAUGGUGUUAGGCUUCCCCCCGACGCACUGGGGCAGGACCCCACACACGGUGGCAUCCCAUACGGAGUGAUGAUGGGUGCAGGACCGCCUCUCCUGGCCCACCGUGGCCUGCUGUGCUUUUGGUGAGCUGCCUGCUGCUGCCGUGCACCUGCCCCCCGGCUAGAAAUGUGCUUCGUGGUGGUUUUUUUUCAGGUGAACUUUGGCUGCUGUUGGGCCCGGGGCAGAGUCUCCCCCCGGGGCCUGGCCUGAGAUGGUGCAAACAGCCCUCACAUGACAGCGGGUGCCCCGGGGCCGCCCGUGCCGUGCCCGGGAGCUGGGGCCCGGCGCUCCCCUUCCCUCCCUAUCGCCUCCACCCGAUGAAUUUUAAUAAAGCGAUA